CGAGCAACCACCUUCAUACCACCUCUUAGAUCGCAGGGUCGUCAUAGUUAUCAUGACUUAGCUUUACUCUAUUCCAUUUACUAUUCAGCUGGGAUUUAUGAUUUCGGAGGCAUGUCCACAACUUCACCUUGUGCUUUUAUUGAUACCUAGAACUCGAAGAUUGAACUACAUGCUCGUACUCCAACAGAUAUAAUACGCUAUGAUACUAUACCAUGGAAUACUCUUUAUCUCGACACCAAAGGGCUUCUGGCUCGCUAGCCGAAAGCGCUGAAAAGAAUUUGGCUGCCGAAACUGCGCCAGGAAUCAAUCAUGAUAUCCGUCUUUUAAAAAACGCCCUCCAUCGUGCCGGUACAUCCUCCAUCAGAUCCGAUACUCCAAGCACGGUUGAGAGUCUGUGGGACCAUUGUUCAGCUGCUUGCUCAGUCGCGAGCCCAUCUUCAUUUAAGGAACACUUUUUCCCAGAUACGGAGCCACAGAUUGCUACACAGUGUGGGAGGCAGUUUGGUAGUGAAGAUGGGAGAAGCGAUGUGUCUCACAUUCCGUUUAUGCCUUCGUCUACUCCCCCAUCUAUACGCACGAACAAUGUUGAUCUUAGCAUAGUUGAAGAUGGUGGGAGCGAUCUUGAAGAUGAAGACUUUGAAUCUGACGAGGAGCAGGAUGAUGACGAAUGGGGUGGCGAGCCAGACAGGAUUGAGACAGCUGUGCUGACCAAUGUGGAAGAUCUAGAAUUCGCUGCCUGGCUGAUCAUGGACUUGCAUAAAGACCAGAUUCAUCGCGAAGAACGAAGGAUCGGUGGUUGGCAGAGAGGCAUCAUUCAGUAUCAAAACUCACCUAAAUCAGGUGAAGGUUCUCAGCAACCAUAUAUGAGCUCUAGUACUGAUCAGAAACAUUCUAAGUCUCGUAAAAGACGGCGACUCUCCGGAUCUCGACGGAGGGAUUCCGAUGACGGAGAUGGGGAAGAAAGAGAUGAUGGCGAAGGAAAUGGGUCUCCUGAAAACCACGACGAUGGCUCAACCUCAGGAGAACUUCGAGGUAGAUACGCUUGUCCAUUCAAUAAGUCGGAUCCUAGCAGAUUUUGUAGCAAUCCGUUCACGGGUGACCAAUAUCGGGUAUGCGAAUCAGGAUACAAGACCAUCCAGAGAUUGAAGGAACAUAUCAAAAGAAAGCACCUUCUAAUACAAUGCGAACGGUGUAAUAAGAAUUUUUCAGGGAAAGGAAAAGCUGUGGAAGAAAGUCUCACAGAGUUGAGAAGACAUCGCCAACAGCCAGAGCCAUGCUCCUUAGGGAGCCUUGAGAUGAAUACCGGCAUAAGUAUGGAACAGUGGACGCUUCUAGAUCGAAGCGGUGGUAAGAAGCGACAGAAGGCCUCUGAGGUGGAAAAGUGGUUCAAUAUUUGGGAGACGAUCUAUCCGGGGAUUACACAUCCUCCACACCCCUGGGCUGAACGAACCACGCCAGGAAUAAAGCCAAUACCAGCGCUACCAUAUACGCAGGACUUUGCCAACCUAUUCCAGAAAUUCCUAGACCACGCGACUACGUCAGGAAAUAUCCAAUUCGUUCCCGGGCAAGAACAAUUAAUGAAAAGCCGUCUAAAGACUUUAGCGCUACGGGCAUAUAGUGUACAUACAGAGCUAAACGAUGCGCCCUCAUUAGAGAACUCCUCGUCCAGCGGCCAGACGACGACUCAAUUUACCAUGCCAGGAACGCCCAUCCUACCGAGCCCGAGCCUGGCCAACACAGCACAAAGGCAGAUACAAGGACCCAAGAUAAACAGGCAUGGUGGUCAACCGCUACUCAUGCAAAACUCUCCAGCCCAGUUCGGCAUGCUCCAACCACAGAUUCCGACAAGUAUACCAUACGGGCCACAUGCUUUCCCUAACUAUGGGGGCAACCGACUAGCUAGAGUCUCACCGGCACCCGUCCUCAGCUCAUCGCUAGGAUUAGAACAGCCUAAUCUCGAUUGCUUCUUCGGAGCUAUGGACCGAGACUGGACUAACCUCCAAUCCUUGCAGUUGGACGCCGAGAAUCAAGACAUGACAUAUACCUAUGAAGCAGAACGAACAGAGCUAGAAGCUAGGGACAACCUAACCGAUGGAAUAUAAUUCAGAUCUUGAGGGGUUUCCAGGAAAUUUCCAAUCACCAGCCUGAUUUUCACUGGAUUUCUUUUUCUUAAUUCUUGCAACUCUUUGGGCUCUUGCCUAAUCGAACUUUUAUAUGAGCUUGGCGUUGAUUUUAAUGAGACGAAGUUUCGGAACUGAUGAAAUUUGACGGCUUCUUAUUUGCAUAGGUAACUGAGUAUUUUAUUGUUCAUCUUAUUAGCUGGGUUUGAGUUGAGGUCCUGUUAUAGUGUCGGGCUAGAGGUGUACGGCGUUAUAGAAUCAUGUUAGACGUGGCAUUCUGUCUUUUUGACGAUUCCGACGAGAUCACACAAAACCAAAAUAGACCGUCACCGAAAGGGAGAUGUAGUAGUAGCAUAGGUAUGCUAUUUGCGAACUUCCGGUGAGGUGACGGAGAUGAUGAUUUCUAGUUAGAUUAGUCUGAAUGGAUUUACUAUGACCAAGGUACAAUUCUGCUCAAGUGAGUAAAUUUAUAUUCUUUAAAGAUUACACAGGUACCUACCUAGGUAGAUGUAAUUAGAGAAAAUAUUGAAUAGUUAUGAAA